GCAGCUUAUAGUUCUUGUAAAUAGGAUGUAUGUGAGCCUGUCAUAGGGUUAUUACCGCUGUGAAAUCAAUUCCUCCUGUGGUGGUACUGGAUUAUAUUUAUAAACAAUGUCUUCUGAACCAGGCAGCAGCAUCUGUCCAAAGUCCUUAAUAUUGUCUAGAUCUUGUACAGCGAGUGCCACGACCAGGCUUGUUGAGCAGAAUGUACACAAUGAAGCGGCUCAGGGAAUAAAUGGAAGUGUGCCAGUCAAACAGUCCCCGCGUUCAGCUUCAAAUCCAAAGCCACAAGUGCCUCCAAAGCCGAUUCAUCUGCAGAAGGUGUCACCUGUUCCAUACCAAAUCCCUAGGCAUAAAGCUUUAUCAAAUCAGAAACCGAGAAUGGAGGAAGAGACACCCACCCCUGCUCCUAGUGUCACAAAGGAGAAAUCCAGUAAAGUGUCAGAUCUCAUCAGUCGUUUUGAGGGAGGCAGCUCGUUAAAUCCUAGUGAUUUGAAGAAAGAUUCCUCUGUUCUCCACAUUUCUAAAUCUCAAGGAAGAUACGUGUCAACACCAUCACCUCAGCCAAAACUCCCCUCCCAACACCCACUACAAAAACAGGGAAACAGUAAUACCGACAAAACUCAGGUUGCACAGCUACACACAGCCAACGGGGUUGUAGCACAAGACCAGACAGAAGAUGAGGACAGGAGAUUACCUGAUUGUGGUUCCGCUACGUCCACCCCGGUUCUGGAUAAUGCCAUCAACAGCAGCUUGGUAAACGGGGAAAGAGAAAGUACUUCCAGAGAGUCACUGCAAAGCGUGACAGCUUGUGAAGGACAGACACUUAACAGCUGCUACAGGACUCCAAGCAGUGAUACACUGCUCCCAUCUGAAAAUGAAACUCUAGAAAUUAAUACUAAUGUGAAGGAAGAACCAACUGAGGAGAUCAAUAAGCAAGAUCUACCUGUAGAAACAAAGGAGACAGAUGAAGAGAAACGUCACAAAAUUGCCAAUGAACUUCUGCAAACAGAAAAAGCCUACGUUAGCCGACUUGACCUCCUAGACGGGGUAUUCUAUUCCAGACUCCUUGAGGAAGCCAACAGAGGUUCAUUUCCAGCUGAAGUGAUUAACAAAAUCUUUUCUAAUAUUUCAUCAAUAAAUGCCUUCCACAGUAAAUUCUUACUUCCAGAACUUGAGAAAAGAAUGCAAGAAUGGACUACCACCCCCAGAAUUGGAGAUAUUCUGCAAAAGUUAGCUCCUUUCCUCAAGAUGUACGGAGAGUACGUGAAGAAUUUUGAUAAUGCCAUGGAAUUGGUGAAAACGUGGACUGAACGGUCACCUCAAUUCAAAUUCAUUAUUCAAGAUAUUCAGAAGGAAAAAGUGUGUGGAAAUUUGACAUUGCAACAUCACAUGCUUGAACCAGUACAACGCAUUCCACGCUACGAGAUGCUUCUAAAGGACUACCUAAGGAAAUUGCCUCAGGAUUCCUUAGACUGGAAAGAUGCUGAAAAAUCCCUGGAAAUAAUAUCCACUGCAGCAAGUCACUCUAAUAGUGCAAUAAGAAAAAUGGAGAAUCUAAAGAAAUUGUUAGAGAUAUAUGAGAUGCUGGGAGAAGAGGAAGACAUUGUGAACCCCUCAAAUGAACUGAUAAAAGAAGGACAAAUCCUUAAACUCGCUGCUCGCAAUACAUCUGCUCAAGAACGGUAUCUGUUUCUUUUUAACAAUAUGUUGCUCUACUGCGUCCCCAAAUUCAGCCUGGUAGGAUCAAAGUUCUCAGUUCGAACCAGAGUUGGCAUAGACGGUAUGAAAAUUAUAGAAACUCAUAAUGAAGAAUAUCCACACACUUUUCAAGUGUCCGGAAAAGAGAGAACACUGGAGUUGCAGGCCAGUUCUGAACAAGAUAAGGAAGAAUGGAUAAAGGCACUUCAGAAUACUAUAGAAGCUUUCCAGCAGAGGAAUGAAACUUUCAGAAACGCUAUUGCUAAAGAAUAUGAAGAUACGCCUGUCGAGGUUUCUAACGCUGAGCUUGGGAAGAGAGCACCGAGGUGGAUACGAGACAACGAAGUUACCAUGUGCAUGAAAUGCAAGGAGCCCUUUAAUGCACUGACAAGGAGAAGGCACCACUGCCGAGCGUGUGGACACGUGGUUUGCUGGAAAUGUUCUGAUUAUAAGGCACAUCUCGAAUAUGAUGGCAAUAAAUUGAACAAAGUCUGUAAGGACUGCUAUCAUGUUAUAAUUGGUUGUACAGACAGUGAAGAAAAGAAAAAGAAAGGGAUCUUGGAGAUUGAAUCUGCAGAAGUCUCUGGAAAUAGUGUCAUAUGUAGCUUUCUUCAGUACAUGGAAAAAUCAAAGCCCUGGCAGAAAGCAUGGUGUGUUAUACCUAAACAGGAAGCUCUUGUGCUGUACAUGUAUGGUGCUCCCCAGGAUGUUAAAGCUCUGGCUACAAUUCCACUUCUGGGCUAUGCAGUAGAUGACACUCCAAGAAGUGCUGACCUCCCGCACAGCUUCAAACUGACCCAGUCUAAGUCUGUGCACAGCUUUGCUGCGGACAAUGAGGAACUGAAACAGAAAUGGCUGAAAGUGAUCCAUUUAGCUGUGAAAGGCGAGACGCCAGAAUGUCAGAAUGAACUGCAAGGGAAUUUAGAAGAGCAACCUGAAGCCUCUAAAACACCCGAAUGCUGAAGCUCAAGAACAUAAGGUAUUUUUAAAAGCUUUCGAUUGAAUUUUUUGGUUAACUUUUGUGUUAACCUGUCUUUGCUCAAUCAAUUAAAAAAAAAAAAAAAGAAAAAAAGAAAAAAAAAAAAGAAACUUCUUACUACCGUACACAUCUUAGCACUUUAUGUUUGGGAAAAAUUCUGGUCUUUUUAGGGAUCUUUUUCUUAUAUUUAUGUUCUGUCAAUAAAAGUGAUGUACAGGUCCAUUUCAGAGACUUUUUAAAAAAUGUGAAUGCUAUUGAAAAUACUUACUAACUUUACUGUACUACUACUUUGUCGUGAUGCAAAUUUUUUUAAAAAUCCAGUUGCUCUUCGGUUAAUGUUUGCUACUUUCAUUAUGAAUGCAAAUAUUGAAUCUUCCUACUUACAUGUUAGGACUUGCAACAGGAUAAAAGAUAUACCUCCACAUUGCCAAAAUAGAUCUGUAGUUAAAUAUGCAGGGACAGUUUGGUUUAAUGUAUGUAGUUUAUAGAUUGAAUUCCACAGAUCUGUACAUAUGUUGUAUUCACUUGUCUCUUUUUAAUUAAUGCAAAUUGCUUUCACAGGUAUAUUGGCUUUUAAAGUUUUGAUUUAUCAAGGAAACAAUCUAAUGAUUUUCAAUCUAGAAAUGAAUACCUAAAAUAUGAGAAAACAAUAUAUAAUAUAUGUACAGUAUUAAAAAUGUACAGUACUUGAUUUUUGCUUUGAUUUCAUGAUACUGGGUUCCUAUUAGUGAAUAAUUUAUUUAAAAAAGCAUGUUUUCUAUUUGAAAUUAAACACAGUCCUAAAUUAACAAAUACUGUUCAGUGAUUUGUUUUAAUAGCUGACAUUUAAUGAUCUUGAUAUUUUUAUGCAUUAAAAAAAUAGCAGUAAUGUAAGUGGCAUGCAAUGGACAAAUAAGUUCCAGUUGUGUUUAAAAGAGUAGUCGCUUCUCUUCAGUGUCCUAUCACUGUUAUCUUUUCAGAGUGCAGUAGUUUGUUACUAAAAUGCAGUACGUGGUUUGGAAAAGCAGCAGAUUCUGGAAACCCUCUGGGACCGUGUAUUUUUGCUAUUACAGUUAUUGGAACAAAAGAACAUUUUGAACUUAAAUCUUUUAAUUUUUGCAGAAGAUUAGAUACCAUAUUACUUAUUUGUGACAACAAUCUUCAAGGAUUAUUGUUGUAAAGUGGAGCCUGCUUUAUACAAAUCUAGUAUGAGGUCUGAGCCUGCAAAUCUCAAGUUGCAUUAAUUGUCACUAUUUGCAUUCUGCUGUAGGAAUAAGGACUUGUUGGCUUUACAGUAUUAAGUCCCUUAUGAACUUCCACUCCUAUUAGGGUUUUUAUAUAGAGAGGCAAAUGGCCUCCCUAAAAUUUUUACUGUAACAUCCUUGGAUGAAAUACAACAAAUUCAGAGGUAGUGACUGACUAUCAAGUAGACAAUUACAAUCAUUGCCAUCUUUCCUUUUCUGGCCCCUCAAAGGAAACAAAAUAUGUUACUUCUACAAUCAUCUUAUCGUAGGAAUAUUUGGGAGUCUUACUUCUCAAUUUAACUGCAAUCUGUAUUUUAAAUCACAUCAAGCUGAAGAGCUCAGGUUCAAGUCCAGUUUUGUUAGUAACGUGGGGGCUGAUUCAAAUUGUCACUUUUUUCUAAUGAGAUUUCCAGACGAAGGAUUGACUGAACUCCCACUCCCAGUCCCACUUUACUCUUUUUGCAACAUGACAGGGGAAAAAAAAAUAGUUACUUCACAUCUAACAAAGGAUUGUCAAAGUAACCUAACCUCUGUUUUUAAUGUCAAGCGUGAAUUGAGUACACAGUGUCUAUCAUUCUUUGGCAAGAAGAAUGUCAUGAAGUUUAUUGUUAGUGGGCUGGAUUUUGCUCUCACCUGCACAAAUCUAAAGUCUACCAUGGCCUUUAGACCUCAAAGCUUUAAACUAGUGUUAGUAAUUAUCAGGACAUGGGAUUGUAGAAUACUAACUCUAAAACUGACUUCGUGCCUGUCAGAUCUGAAUUAUUCCUUGGGUGCUCCAUGUGUUCAGAUAAUUCUGCGUGUAACCCUAGUACUACUUUUAUCUGAUGUGAAAGCCCUUCUGUAAUUCUCUAAGAGAUUUUUAAGUUAUUUCUGUUGUCAGCUGUAUUUAUCUUUAUUUAUGGGCAGCUUAAGCCCAUUUUGAUUGAUAUUGGUGAGUACCAUCAAAUCUUCACCUGGGUCUUCCUAGAUAGUACGUGUCAUCUUGUGUGUACCUUGGCGAGGGAUGGGGGAACUAUUCAGGUAAGCAAGAAGAACUCUCCAUGGCUAACUUUCUUUCAUGGUCAUCUCCUGAAAAUGGGUAUCUUCUAAAAGAUUCUCAAGUGCAAUUGAGGGAUCUGGAGGGUCAUCUUAUCACAUCCUUAUGUGUAAAAACAUUGUUUCCCGUGUUCAAGUUCUAGAGUGUAAUGGGAGAAGUUGCUUUAAAGGAGUCCCCAGAUAAGAUGGACCAAGCUGUUCUGAAAGUAAUAUGAUGGUAUGACUGUAAUCAUGUAAGACAUUCUGUUUUCUAAGCUCCUGCAAACUUACUUCUGAGCCAAGUCUAGGAAGACCUAUUCAAGCUGAAUGAUUAGGGCAACUAUUUAAAGCAGUAAUUUCUGGGCUGCCUUAUUGUUAUAGUGGUAUUGAGUAUCUGAAGCUGCUUGAAUGAUUUCAGCAUCUCCCAGAUGAAGCCCUCCAUUUGGGCAUAAAGAAUUUGAAAUUAAGUUAGCACUGCGAGUUAGUUACUUGGAUGUUAGCCUCAUUUUUGCUCUCAGUUUAUAUAGUGCAGCAUAUUUUUUUUACCCUAGUGAAACCUAUUUCAUGUUCUCAUAAUCAGUUGCUUGGUUGGAAUUGUUCUCUUCUGAGUCAGACUGUCUUGGCACUCAAAUGUGUGGUUCUGUGUGUAUUUUGUAGGAAAAGUAUGUACCAUCACUAUUAAAGGAGAUCAGAAGAUGGAGAAGUUUCUUCUAGCUUUAACCACCCUGUUUUCCUCCAUUGUCCACAGACAAGCCCCCCUUGCAGCAUCCAACACUUUUUAACUUUAAAUUGUAAAUUAUGAGCAGAUAGGAACAAAUUCGAAGUAGCAACUGCUGUGACUUAAGUAUCGUGACCAAAGCAGUCAAAUUAAAACUAUCAUUCUAAGAAGGUAUAGGCUGUUCCCAUUUCAGCUGUUAAAUUCUUAAAAGGGGAAGAAAAAAAAGAAAGCAUUAAGUGUAUUAGCAUAAAGCUGUGUGUGUGAGGAGUAAACUAUAACUGAGGAGCAUUCAUUCAUAAUACAUGAAUGUAUGUGGAUGGCUCUGCUGAAUUAUUUAAGCUUUCCAAUUCUUGUGUUCAAGAAACGCUUCUUUCUCACUUUAAAAGUGAUCGGUCUUCUGUGCUAUUUAAAGCAGAUCAAAAGUUUUUUUUGUGCAUUUUUAUCCGUGUUCAACCAGAACAAGGGCUUAAUUUUAUCAUUAAUAUGUUUGGAACAUAUUAAUGUAUUUUUUCAAAAUGACUUAAUAUUUUUCCCCUAUCAAUCAUGGAAAAAUAGUGUGUUGGGACAUCUACACGUCUGCACUAUUCUUCCAGAUCUGCUGAAAAUUGUUUCCUGGUAUCAGGUACUCCUGCUUGGUCAAAGAGCUGCUGUAAACUCUAUAGCAUCUAAUACUUUCAAAGCCCUUUACACUGAGUAGUUUUGUUUAUUCCAAAAUGUAUAUAAUUUUUAUGUGCAAAAUAGAUACUGAGAAUAUAAAACACUCUCUUCUAUUUGGAGUAGAAUAUUAAGCCACUUUAAAUGCAUGUAAUAUAUGGUGACACCUCUUUAUGCAAAACCAUCUCGAAGUGCUUUAUGAAUCUCCUCAAAGAUUCCAAAUCCCUUUCCUAGAAAAGAGGAUUUUUAUUCUUCAUAUUUUUAAACUAUGAAUGAAGCCACGGCACUGAUUAAAUGUAGAAUAAAUACGCUACCACCUGAGUAAAUUUUAGAUGAGGUUAUAGAAGUAUGCUCUACAGAGUUCCAAGUGGAGCCAGGAGAAAAAAAAAGUAUAUAUACAAAUAAGCAGGAAAGAGAUGGAAACACUUGACAGGUUCUCUGGGUUUUGUUGGUUUUUUUUUUUUUUUUUUAAAUUUCAGCACCACAUAGCUAGUAUAAAAACUGGUCAGCUUUUCAUUUCAAGACACAAUUAAAUAAAAUGAACAGAGGGCAGUCGUUCCUUAGACUGAAGGAAAGGUUUUAAGGAGAGAAAUUAAUAUUCCAUGUAAAAACAAUUCCAAGCAAUAAAAAUGGAGCUUUCUCCACUUAAAUCUAUUUAGAGAUCUUUAGCUGGUGUAGACUAGCAUGGACCUGCUAGAGCUAUUAUACCUACAGUGAUUUAAAUUCAUGUAGAAUCUGCCUUAACAUCAUGAAGACACUUGUGGAAAAUCAAGAUUUCAGCAGUUUGAGAGCUGCUGCUUUACUAUGUCUCAUCUGGAAUCACAGCUCUCAGUUGAACUGCUGAUGGGUUUCAUUUGGAGGUAACUGAUGUUGGGGUGAAUGUAAACAGCUGGAAUAUAUAUAUCCAAAAAUAAAUUAUUGGGGAGGACAAAUAAUUUUGUGGCAGAAUUGACUAUACUUAAGAUAAAUCCAUUGGUGAAAUGGGCAUCAUUCUUUAUCUGUGGUGUACAGUUAUUUGAAAUCUGAAACGAAAUAAAUGGAGUUAUGUUUUUUUAAUUCAGUCUGUGGCCCUACUGGUAUAAGUAAUUUAUCUAGCUGGUUCUGACCCAUGGGACUGGAGUGAAGUAUGUUUCUUGGAGAGGAGUUUUAAUCUGCUAGUCAAGAUUAUUUCCUAAAUCCUUUUCCUUUAGCAGAACAUAACAUUAAUUUAAUGAUUGUAUAUGUGUGUAUAUAUACACAUAUGCAUAUGUAUGUGUGUGUAUAUGUAUAUAUGUGUAUUUAUAUAUUGGAGACAUUCAGAUGACCUGUUUUCAAGGAGUAUUUUACAAUCAAAAAAUACACUGUGCUGCAUUCAAAAUAUGAUGUAUAUUGACUGUGUUGAGUAUGCUUUUCAGAAGAAAAAAUCGACAGAAGUAGAUCUACUUUUGUGGCAUGUUUACUAUUUCAGCCUAAUUUAAAAAAAAAAAAUAAUAAUCAAACACACUAAAUUCAGUAAAGCGUUCAAUCUGCUUCCUUUAAAAUUUCCUGAUUAAAUUUCUUCCCAAAUUCAACUAUAGCAUUUUGCUUUCACCCCUUCCUCUUCCUAGUACAAAUGGAUGUUGGAUGUGAUUUUUUUUUUAUUAUUAUUAUUUAUUUUUUUCCCCUCUACUAAAAUCUUCAAGCAGAUUUCUUUGAAUAAAACAUGUUUUCAGCCAUGGCAUGAUACCAGCCUGCUUCAGUUUAUAGUUAAUCCUCGUAGAUUCAUUAACUAUUUAUGGUGAAAACAUUCAGAAAAGAAGGAACUGCCAAAGCAUUUUUGCAUGUAUGUGCCCUCAUAUUUUUAAGAAAGAAGACAAAUUUAUUGCAUAUGGGGAACAGUUUGCAGUAGAAGUAUUGGGUUGUUUUUUUCCUAUUAGAGUGUUCUCUAUUCUCCAGCCCCCAAGGCAGAUUAAUACAUUAAUUUUAGUGGCACCUGGAUCAGCUGGAGGGUUUGACAACAUAAUUGUAGGCCAUGCACUGCAAUUUCCCUUCAUUAUGAAAACAUUUCUGGGUUUAAUUAAGAAAUUGAGAAAACACUUUUAUUUUUUUUUUAAAUACUAAUAUUUGAAGAGGUGUAAAUUUGUUCUUGUUUUGCAAUAGGGUGAAAAAUAUUAAACAGUUGAAUUAUAAAUGCCAUUGAAAGUUGUAAUGUAAGUGGUCAUUUUUAUGGUCAAGAAAUAUAUGAAUGUAAAAAGUCUGCAGAUAUUGUAUAUAUGUUCUGUAAUAUAUGUAUAUUUGGUCAUAAGGUGGGUGGAGAAUUGUAAAAAUUAAGCACUUUAAUUCCUGUUGAGUACUUAAAAGAAAUUUGUAUCCUGUAAAAUAAAAGCAUCAUUAAAUAAG